UUACAGGCACUUUCAACGUACACAGCACACGUAUAAAAGAGCCCAGCGGCAGCAGGAAAGCAUUCAGUAGCUCUCGAGUAGUCUGACAAAGAAGUUCACGAUGAGAUUCCUGAUCGCUUUCGUUGCCAUCCUCGGCUAUGCUUCGGCUAGCGUAAUCGCCCCCGUCGUAUACGGCCACAACGCCGGCGACGUGCAGGCAGCCGCCAUCGACGCGACUGUCGCGGCGCAGGACACCGUCCGCGCCAUCGGUGAGGGCCAAGCCCGCGCUGCCGAAGCCGCCAUCCAAUACAACACCGAAGCUGUCCGUCAGGUGGCUGAGACCAACCGCAACAUCCACGAGAACGCUUACUGGGGCAACGUAGCCGCUUCCCAGAACCUGGUCGCCGCCGCUCAGUCCCAGGUAGCCGCCGUCGACGGUGCCCUCGCCGGAGCCCGCGCCGCCUACGCCGGUGCCCCCCUCGCCUACGCCGGUGCUCCCCUCGCUUACGCCGGUGCUCCCCUCGCUUAUGCCGCCGCUCCCCUCGGCGUAGCCGCCUACGGUGCCUACCCCUACGGUGUCCGCGCCUGGUAAACACGCCACUAACGCCGGUCGGAUCCAUUCAGUCCAGCUAACAUCACUUAUCGACUAUUUAGCGUCGCUACAAACCGACAUUAAAAAGUCGAAUUUGUAGCAUUGCUAAAUAUCGACAUUGCUAAAUAUCCCACACACAACAUGACUGAAUACAACCGACUAGUUAAAUUGGUGAUGUUUUAGGAUAAUACGGUAGCGUUCUCGAUAAAUGGAUCCGUUUGUUUGCCGAGCACGCUCCCGUACCGUCGGUUGCUGACAAAGCGAACACUUUGUCAGCAAACGUCAAAGCCACGUCAGUAUAUUAGAAACGGAUAACCGAAAUUGCUCAACGGACACAAAAUACAAAGGUCUCAUUCAGUAACUCUCUUUGUAACUAAGCGUAUCUCAAAUGUCACUCACUGCCAAAGUGUUGUUAAUAAACCGAGGCAAUACAUUUUUUUUACAAAUUUCGGUUGCAAUUUUAUGUUCUUUUUAUUAUAUUUUUUAGUUAAUAUUAAGCGCACGCCAUCUACCGUCACCCGUUUUGUAAAUAAAAUGUAUUUAGUAACGAAAA